AUGGUUGCAAAGGCUUACACCGGUAAGGUGGCUUCUUUACAGGAUUCCAUGCUGAAAGAGCUGGAGAAAUUGAGUGAUGGGGAGUCUUACGCCGAUGUUGAAGGUUGCGCUGUCGCACAGGCCGCUGACAUGAUUUUAGAGUAUGAGUCUCUGUUAAAGAUUAUCGAAGUGUGUUUGAACAACGGACACAGGGGUCUGCGAGUGAAAUGGACAAAGAGCAACGCUUUGGAUACGUGUGACUCGUUGAAUAUUGUUCAAAAUGGAGAAACGCAAGGAACUCUGUCUGAAAAGGAAGAGAUAGUAAAGGAUUUAGAGUUUUUUCUCAGAUCAAUUGAUUGGCUGUUUGAGUACAAGACCAGGCUGAGACUGGCUGUCAAGGACGGCCAUAGGAAAGUUAUCGAACAACGGGACCUGAAAAGAGACGAAUCUAUCAAAGAUAACGAGGUGAAAUACGAAGAGAAAGCUUCAGAAGCAGAAACAUAUGAGGUGAAAUCCAGCGCCACUACCAAGGACAAACUACUUUCAAGGACGAAACAGCUAAGUGCGAACCUGAUCAGAGGCAAUCAGGUUCUUCAAUCAGCUGUGCUUCAGAGCGAUCUCAACUUGGAUGAAUUAGAAGAACAAUCGAGCUCACUAUCCAAGAUCAACGACAAGUAUACGCAACUAGAAACCGUAUUCAAUAAGACAUCCCAAUUGGUCAAGACUCUCGAAAAGGCAUCACACCAGGAGAAACGAGACGUUUAUUUCGCUCUGGGAUUUUUAUGCCUCUGUGUUUCUUGGGUUUUAUGGCGUCGUAUCUUCAGAUUACCAGUGAGACUAGCGCUCUGGCUAGCUUUCAAGUUUUUCAGAGGUAUUCUUAUCACGAUUGGUCUCGUCAAGAAUGUAUCGACAACGAAAAUUCCAGUCCCACCAAUGAGCGUCCUCCAUACAACUACUACAACUUCCACUACAAAUGUUACUACAACAGAUACGAUCGAGCAAGCAGUCAACGAGGCAAUGGACCGCAUAUUGACUCACGACGAGCUGUGA